AUGACAAGUGUUUCACUUACGGCAGGAAUGGAUGCGUUGGCUGAAAAGGUCCUAUGCCGGAGCGUGGGGUGUUCCGACGCCUUGAUUGAGACGAAGGGGAGAGAGUCAGGAAUUUUCUUCCUCGAGGGGUGGGAAAAGGAAGAGGGACACCUACUCAGUGAAGCCGACAUGCUGUGGCUAGAGAAAUGGACCAGCGUGGUACCGGAGCAGGUGGACCUGUGCGUGCAUGACCUGAUCACGGAGCGGUGCCGGGCCCAGUCCGAUGCACAUGCUGUGUGCGCUUGGGACGGCGACCUCACGUACGGCGAGCUAGACGCGCUGUCAUCGGUGCUGGCGGCGGACCUAGUCGAGCGUGGGGUAGGGCCCGAGGUUUUUGUGCCGCUGUGCUUCGAAAAGUCACGUUGGACAAUAGUGGCGCUGGUGGCGGUUAUGAAAGCCGGCGGGGCAUUCGUGCUGUUGGAUUCUAGUCAGCCGUUGCCGCGGUUACAACAGUUGUGUGCUGGUGUGAAAGCUACGCUUGUCCUGUCUUCUUCGGCAAAUGAGAGUCGCAGUAAAGAGCUGGCGGACAACGUGAUUGUGCUGAGCAAUACCAUGCAAAGCCCCUCAUCGUGUGACCUGCAUAAUUAUGGAGCCACGUACCGUACGCAGCCACACCAUGCUGCCUAUGCCAGCUUUACUUCCGGAUCGACGGGAGAGCCUAAAGCCGUUGUGGUUGAGCAUUCGGCAUAUUGCUCUAAUGUCUUGGCUCACAGCGAUGAGUUGCAGCUUAGUAAAGAUUCUCGUGUCCUACAACUCGCGUCGUACGCAUUUGGUGCUAGCAUUGUGCAAAUGGUCACGACUCUGAUUGUUGGUGGAUGCGUAUGUGUGCCGUCAGACUCUGAGUGUCGUGACAACAUCGCGGCGGCAGUACGCAGGCUUGGAGUCAACUGGGCCCUGUUUACACCCUCCAUCCUGAGAGUAGUGCGGAACGAGAACAUGUCCACCUUGAAACAUGUUAUUCUUGGGGGAGAGGCCCCAGCACGGAAUGAUAUCACAGCAUGGCCAGACCAUGUUCAAGUGAUUGGAGCUUAUGGCUCCGCCGAGAGUUCUGUGUUAUGUGCCAUCGUUCCAAAUAUGAGACAAAUGUCUAACCCCCAACUAAUUGGCAAGAUGACGGGAAGUGUUGGAUGGGUCGUUGAGCCGGAUAAUCACCACAAACUGGUGCCUCUAGGCGCUAUUGGAGAGUUGCUUUUGGAAGGACCAAUCUUAGCACGAGGCUAUCUCAAUGAUGAAAAAAAGUCCGCAGAAGCUUUUAUAGAGGCUCCGAGUUGGUUUCCAACUUUUUGUGAGAGGUACAACAAACGGCCAAGACGUGGCGGUCGAAUGUACAAGACGGGCGAUCUGGUCCAGUACAAUGCUGAUGGCAGCCUUAACUUGGUUGGGCGAAAGGACACACAGGUCAAAAUUCGCGGCCAAAGGGUGGAAUUAGGCGAGGUUGAGCAUCACGUCCAGCAGAGUCUGACGGGUGACACCAGUCCGCUACUUGUGGCUGAGGUGGUGACGCCGCGUGGAAGCAACCAUCAGAAGCUGGUGAUCUACAUCGCAAUCGGCGAGGCAGCGAAUGAGAGUCCAGACCAAGUGCGGACGGCACUUGAGAGAUGGACACAGGGCGUGGAGGAUCGGCUCGCGGAGCGCGUUCCACAGUACAUGGUGCCGAGCGCAUAUCUCGCCGUGGACACGAUCCCAAUGACAGCGACGGGCAAAACGGACCGCCGGCGGCUUCGCGAGAUGGGCGCAGGGCUAACGCUAGACCAGCUAGCAGAACUACAGCCAUUCCGUGGCACAAUCCGGGCACCAAUAACGGCAAUGGAGAAACAGCUGCACGAACUGUGGGCCAGCGUACUCGGAAUCCCUUCCGACAAGAUUAGUGCCGACGACAAUUUCCUGCGCAUUGGUGGUGACUCCAUUGCCGCUGUUCAGCUCGUCGCGGCUGCCCGGGAGGAGGAUCUUUCACUGACCGUUGCGGACGUCCUCAACACGCCGCACCUCAGCCAGAUGGCACGAGCUGUCAAGGCAGAAAGCUACGUCGAAGAGGCCACUGUUGCCUUCUCUCUCCUUCAACUUGGGAUCGACGUAAAUGUUGCUCGGGUCCAAGCAGCGGCUCAGUGUGGUGUGGACAUAGACCUAGUGGAGGAUGUCUUCCCUUGCACGCCGCUGCAGGAAGGGAUGCUCGCCAUGACAGCCAAGCGACACGGUGAUUAUAUCAUCCAGAAUUUGUUUGAGCUUCGGGUUGGCAUCGAACCCGAGCGCUUGGAACGAGCAUGGCGGGAGGUUGUCGCAACGAUGCCGAUUCUGCGGACACGGGUCGUGAACCUAGCGGGACAAGGGUUAGUCCAGGUUGUGGUUGCAGGAGAGGGCUCAUUCACAGCCUGCCAGGACCUAGAGGCUUAUUUGCAAGCAGACAAACAAGAACCUAUGGGGUUGGGGGGCCCCCUUACCCGGUUUGCUGUAAUAGACAGCUGCACCGACCAGCGCCCUGUGCUAGUGUGGACCGUGCACCAUGCACUGCUUGAUGGGUGGUCGAUGCCACUAGUGCUCAAACAAGUGGAACAGGCAUACCGCGGCCGUACGCGGGACCGCCUGGUUCCGUUCCAUGGGUUUAUCAGGCAUGUUCUACAUAGCAGGGAAGGUACCCGCGAGUACUGGCAGAGCCAGCUUGGCGGGUCCGAGGCAGUACCAUUCCCUAGUCUACCAUCGCCUAGUUACCAGCCCCAAGCGGAUGACGGUCUAGACCAUCAGAUUUCGGGGCUACAGUGGCCAAAGAGCGGUAUUACCGCAUCGACGAUGGUUCGCGCGGCCUGGGCGAUUUUACAGGGUCAAUACACGAAUGGCCUAGAUGUGAUAUUCGGAGCCACGGUGACCGGAAGACAAGUUCCAGUCCCGGGUGUGGAGCGUAUGGCGGGCCCCACAAUUGCCACAGUGCCGGUGCGGGUCAGGUGGAGCUGGGAGACGGAUAUUCGGGGCCUGCUGGAGCAAGUACAGGCACAGGCAAUUUCCAUGAUCGCGUACGAGCAGAUGGGGCUACAGUAUAUCCGGCAGAUCAGCCCCGACACGGAACUGGGCUGUCGCUUCCAGACCCUGCUGGUAGUGCAGCCUCCACCCCGAGAAAUCCAGAAGAGGCAAAGAACGAUCGAAGAUGUAUUAUUCAAGGCUCCCACUAAAGUGUAUGAGAAUGAUGGUAGAUCUAUGGGGCUAAACAUAAUGAAUUCAUACGCGAUCAUGCUCGAAUGCCAUCUCGGGGCAGAUGGCAUGAAAUUGCGGAUAGGAUUUGAUUCACGCGUGGUGGAGAAGGUGCAGGUGCAACGCAUGGCAUGGCAUCUAGAGCACGUGCUGCGGGGGAUGUGCACAGAGCAGAGCGGUCCGCUAGCACUCGGUGACGUGUGCGGGGUGAGUUGCGAGGAUCUGAGGCAACUAGCGCAGUGGAAUGGGAGUAUACCGGCACGAGUGAACCGGUGCGUGCACGAGCUGGUGGCGGAGCAGUGCCGCGCGCAGCCUAAUGCGCCAGCCGUGUGCGCCUGGGACGGUGAGCUGACGUACGGCGAGCUGGACGCGUUGUCGUCGGCGCUGGCGGCUCACUUGACCGAGUGUGGUGUGGAGCCUGAGGUGUUUGUGCCGCUGUGCUUCGAGAAGUCGCGGUGGACGACGGUGGCCAUGCUCGGGGUGAUGAAGGCGGGCGGAGCGUUUGUGCUGCUGGACCCGUCGCAUCCGCGCGCCCGGAUGCGAGAGAUCUGUCAGACAGUAUCGGCUCCGCUGGUGGUGUCAUCAGCGGCGAAUCGGGCGCUGGCGGCUGAGCUGGCGGCGGCGGUGGUCGUGGUGGGCGACGAGGAGACGGCGUGGCGCAGCCAGACGCAAGCCUGUCCAGGAUCGGCUGUGACCCCACGCAACAUGCUAUAUGCUGUCUUCACUUCGGGCUCCACGGGAGCCCCGAAAGGAACCGUCAUUCCUCAUGCGGCCUUUGCCACUAGUGCAUUCGCACAUGGCCAAGCUUUCCACCUGACUGCGGAAUCCCGCGUCCUUCAAUUCUCUUCAUAUGCUUUUGAUGCUAGCAUUAUCGAGAGUUUGACCACGCUAUUGAUCGGUGGCUGUAUUUGUGUGCCUUCUGAUAUCAGUAGACACGACAACAUCGCAGUAGCAGCAAAUGAGUUACGAGUCUCUGUGGCUCAACUUACACCAUCGACCGCACGCUUACUGCGGCGGGAAGAUGUCGCUACUCUUGAGACCUUGGUAUUAGUUGGAGAGCCAGUCAUACCGAGCGAUAUUGAUCAGUGGGGUGGACGAGUGCGAUUAGUGAACGGAUACGGCCCGGCGGAGUGCUCCGCUAUUUCCAGUGUACACCCGACACUUCAUGCGGCGUCGGAAGCGGGUAACAUUGGAUGGGCAGCGGGCUGUGUGUGCUGGGUGGUGGACAGGUUGGACCACCAGCGGCUAAUGCCGAUUGGGGCGGUGGGCGAGCUGCUGAUCGAGGGCCCGAUCGUCGGGUGUGGGUACCUGAACGACCCGGAACGGACGGCGGCGGCGUUUAUCGCGCCCCCAGCCUGGCUGCACCAGUUCCGGGCCGGCGGCAGCAGCAGCGAAAGCCAUGACAGUAGCGGGAGCGGCGACCGGCUGUACAAAACGGGUGACCUGGUCCAGUACGCGGCGGACGGGUCACUGCGGUUCGUGGGGCGCAAGGAUACUCAGGUCAAGCUCCGCGGCCAGCGCAUCGAGCUGGGUGAGGUCGAGCACCACACGCGACUGAGUUUCCCGGGCGCGCGCGAUGUGGUGGCGGAGGUGGUGACGCCGGCGGAGGCUGGGCGCGCGCCGAUGCUGGUGGCGUUCGUCUGGAUGGACCAUCCGAUCCAGGAUGAUAGCACAGGCGACGACGAGGAAGAUGACGGUAACGAGAAGGGCAGGGCGGACGACAUCCUGGCGGCGCCCACCGACGGCUUCUCCGCAGCCAUUCCAGAGGUGGAGACGGCGCUCCACGAUGUCGUGCCGGCGUACAUGGUGCCAGCGGUGUUUCUUCCGCUGCGCGGGGUGCCGCUGUCGGCCACGGGCAAGACGGACCGACGGCGGCUGCGCGACCGCGCUGCAGCCCUCUCGCGCGCUGACAUCGAGGCGUACCACGGCUCUGUCACAGCGAAGCGUAGCCCCACGACGCCGGCCGAGUGCACCAUCCAACAACUCUGGUCCCGAGUCCUGAACCUCCCGCCCGCAGAAAUCGGCGCGGACGAUCACUUCUUUCGCUCAGGCGGCGACUCCAUCGCGGCCAUGAAGCUGGCCGGUGUCGCCCGUGAAGAUGGCCUCGCACUCACUGUAGCCCGGGUUUUUCAGCACCCGAAGCUCUCGGACCUAGCGUAUUCCAUCCAGUCUGCAUCUGAAGUGAGCGUGAACCUAGCUCCCUCCCCAUUCUCUCUGCUAGAAGCAGAUGACCUACGUGAUGCCACCAUUCAACUAGCCAUACAUCAAUGCCGGGUGUCUAACGACCAGAUCACCGAUAUCUAUCCCUGCACUGCCCUGCAAGAGGGCCUUCUCGCCCUCACGGCCAAGUCAGCGGGGGCAUAUAUCGCCCACUUCUCUUACUGCCUGCCCCAUGACACUGACCUCGGUGCCUUCCGCACAGCGUGGAACGCAGUCGCCCGCGCUAACCCCAUCCUGAAUACGCGGAUUAUCCAGCACGACCAAUGGGGGAGCUUCCAGGUGGUGGUAUCAGCCGAUCUUCCGUGGGCAGUCUACGAUGAUGGGGAGCGAUGUAGUGUAGAGGCCGUGGCAUCAUUUGGCCUGGGCGAACCGCUGGUCCACACAGCCGUAAUCAGAGGCAAAGACGCGCACAUUCCGCCGCGGUUCAUUCUCACUAUGCACCACGCAGUUUACGAUGCAUGGUCCCUGCCCCUUCUUCUGGAACAAGCCAACGCGGCUCUUCGGGGUAACUCACUAGUGGCCCGACCAUUCAGUCCCUUUAUGGCGUACCUAGCCGAGUCGAACGAUGCUGGGGAAGCCUUCUGGCGGUCUCAGUUUACUGACCUAGACACCACGUGCUUUCCCCCUCUGCCCACGCCGACCUACGUACCGAACCCCACCGAGUCUGUUACGUACACCAUAACCCUGCCCCAGGGCUCGACGAAUGAUUUCACGCCGGCCACCAAAAUUCGGCUGGCGUGGGCGCUGACCCUCGCGCAGUAUACUGACACCCAGGACGUCGUCUUCGGGCUGACGGUGACGGGGCGCGGGGCGCCAGUAGCCGGCAUCGAGCAGAUGACCGGACCGACCAUCGCGACCAUUCCGCUCUAUGUGCGGCUGGAUCUGAACGCCACGGUGGCCCAGGCGCUGCAACGAGUUCAGGACCAAUCGACCGAGAUGUUGGCGUAUGAGCAGACUGGGCUGCAGAAGAUCCGCCAUCUGGGCGCCAAGGCGGCGGCGGCCUGCCAGUUCCAGAACCUGCUGGUCAUCCAGCCUCAGCAGGACAGAAGCGCGACUGGAAUCUUCACGGAACCCGAAGUCCGUGCCGGGAAGGGGGCGUUUACCACCUACGCACUGACGCUCAUAUGUGACUUGGGAAGCGACGCGGUGACGGUGCAGGCGACAUACGACCCGCAGACGAUUAGAGCGAUAGAGGUGCAGCGAAUGCUGUACCAGCUGGGGCAUAUAACGCAGCAGAUCAGCAAACAACCGGGAGCUCUGAUCAAGGAUAUGUGCGGGUGGGGAGAGCGCUGCCGCACUCAGCCCGACGCGCCGGCCGUGUGCGCCUGGGACGGCGAUUUCACAUACGGCGAGCUAGACACCCUGUCUUCGUCGCUGGCGGCUCACUUGGUCGAGCGUGGUAUGGGGCCUGAGGUGUUUGUGCCGCUGUACUUCGAGAAGUCGCGGUGGACGACGGUGGCCAUGCUCGGGGUGAUGAAGGCGGGCGGAGCGUUUGUGCUGCUGGACCCGUCACAUCCGCGCGCCCGGAUGCGAGAGAUCUGUCAGACAGUAUCGGCUCCGCUGGUGGUGUCAUCAGCGGCGAAUCGAGUGCUGGCAGCCGAGCUGGCAGCGGUGGUGGUCGUGGUGGGUGACAACGAGAUACCGUGGCGACAGGCCCGCGACGCGUGCGCCGGCUCCUUCAUGGUGCCGGACAAUGCCCUCUACGCCGUCUUCACCUCGGGCUCCACGGGAGCCCCGAAAGGAACCGUCAUUCCCCAUGCGGCCUUUGCCACUAGCGCAUUCGCACAUGGCCAAGCUUUCCACCUGACUGCGGAAUCCCGCGUCCUUCAAUUCUCUUCAUAUGCUUUUGACGCCAGCAUCAUCGAGAGCUUGACUACGUUAUUGAUCGGUGGCUGUGUUUGUGUGCCCUCAGAUACAACCAGGCGCAAUAGCAUCGCAGCAGCAGCGAAUGAGCUACGAAUCUCUGUGGCCCAACUUACCCCAUCAACCGCCCGCCUUCUGCGGCCGGGUGAGAUUUCAACCUUGGAGACAUUGGUGUUGAUUGGAGAGCCAGUCACGUCGAGCGACAUUGAUCAGUGGGGUGGACGAGUGCGGUUGGUGAACGGAUACGGCCCGGCGGAGUGCUCCGCCAUCUCCAGUGUACACCCGACACUUCUUACAGCGCUCGACGUCGGCAACAUUGGAUGGGCAGCGGGCUGUGUGUGCUGGGUGGUGGACCGGACGGACCAUGAGCAACUGGUGCCGAUCGGGGCGGUGGGCGAGUUGCUCAUCGAAGGGCCGAUUGUCGGCCGGUGCUACCUGAAUGACCCAGAACGGACGGCGGCGGCGUUUAUUGCGCCCCCAGCCUGGCUGCGCCAGUUUCGGGGCGGCGGCAGCAGCGGCAGCCAUGAUAGUAGCGGGAGCGGUGACCGGCUGUACAAAACGGGUGACCUGGUCCAGUACGCGGCGGACGGGUCACUGCGGUUCGUGGGGCGCAAGGAUACUCAGGUCAAGCUCCGCGGCCAGCGCAUCGAGCUGGGCGAGGUCGAGCACCACACGCGACGGAGUUUCCCGGGCGCGCGCGACGUAGUGGCCGAGGUGGUGACGCCGGCGGAGGCUGGGCGCGCGCCGAUGCUGGUGGCGUUCGUCUGGAUGGACCAUCCGAUCCAGGAUGAUAGCACAGGCGACGACGAGAAAGACGACGGCAACGAGAAGAACAAGGCGGACGACAUUCUGACGGCGCCCACUGACGACUUCCGCGCGGCGAUUCCAGCAGCGGAGACGGCGCUCCACGAUCUCGUGCCGGCGUACAUGGUGCCAGCGGUGUUUCUUCCGCUGCGCGGGGUGCCGCUGUCGGCCACGGGCAAGACGGACCGGCGGCGGCUGCGCGACCGCGUCGCGACCCUCUCGCGCGCUGACAUUGAGGCGUACCACGGCUCUGCCACGGGCAAGCGUAGUCCCACGACGCCGGCCGAGUGCACACUCCAACAACUCUGGGCCCAGGUGCUUAACCUUCCCGCCGAUGAAAUUGGCGCCGAUGAUAGCUUCUUCCGCUUGGGUGGCGACUCCCUUACUGCGAUGCAACUAUCCGCCCACCUGCGUUCCAUCGGAUUUUCUCUCCAUGUCUCCGACAUCUUCCAUGCUAAAACCCUCGCCCGGCUUGCUCCUCUCCUCACUAGCGUUCAUUCUUCCUCGCUUGACUACGACGAUCGAGAGGAUACGCCGUUUGAAUUGUCUCCCAUUCAACAGCUCUUUUUCGACCUCAUGCCUAAUGGCACUGACUACUUUAACCAAAGCUUCUUGCUCCCCGUCGCCCAACAUCUCACGCUUGAUGUUGUUGCAUACGCUGUGGAUAUCAUUGUGCGACACCAUUCUGCACUCCGCACUCGCUUUCGCCGGGCCCACGAUGGUCGAUGGGUCCAAGUAGUCACCGCCUCGAUCGACCGCUCCUGUCGCUGUCAGGGCACCGUGGUUGCAUCUCUAGAUGAAGCUAAAGAUGUUAUGCGUGCUAGCCAUCGUUGUCUUAACUUCCAGAAUGGGCCGAUCCUAGCCGUGGAUCUGAUCGAAAUCGACUCGAAAGAGCAAUACCUUUUCCUCGUGGCCCAUCACCUCGUGAUCGAUCUCGUGUCCUGGCGAGUUAUUCUCGGCGACCUGGAGGAGCUCCUCCAGAACAACAACUUGUCUAGGGCCCGGCCACUACCUUUCCAGACGUGGUGCCGUUUGCAGGCAGAGUAUAGCCACGAAACCUUGGCCCCAGCUAUCGCGCUACCUUCUCCCGGUCCGCCCGCGCCGCAGGGUUAUUGGGGCUCAUUGGAUCAUCAGAAUACUUGGGGCAAUGCCCUUAGUAGCGAAUUCAUUCUCAAUGAGGAGCUGACCGCCGCCCUCUUUGGAGCGGCUAACAAUGCUCUCCGGACCCAGCCGGUGGAGAUAUUCCAGGCAGCACUCUGGCACUCCUUUGUGCAUGCUUUCCCUAACCGAACUCCUCCCACCAUCUUCAACGAAGGCCAUGGGCGGGAGCCGUGGGACCCUGCCAUCGAUCUCUCCCGGACGGUGGGGUGGUUCACUACAAUGUGGCCGACAUGGAUCACGGUGAACACCUCUGCUAGUGUUAUCGACGUCAUCCGCCACACUAAGGACGCGCGACGGCGGACCCCGAGCAACGGAUGGGCGUACUUUGCCUCCCGAUUUUUAAAUCCGGCCGGCCGGACUGUCUUCGAGAUACACGAGCCGGUAGAGAUUGCAUUCAACUACGUAGGCCUAUACCAACAAUUUGAGCGGGAGGGUGCCAUUCUGCAGCCCCCGGUCAGGCUCGAAGACCAUAUUCCGGACGUGGGAGAUGACGUGCAGCGAUUCGCGCUGAUUGACGUGUCCACCGCCGUGGAACGAGGCCGCCUGCGGUUCUCAUUCCACUAUAGCCGACACAUACAGCACCAGGAUGCCAUCCGCCAGUGGAUCACGCACUGCGAGCAGUCACUGGAGGAUGCGGUGCAGCAGCUAAUAUCCAUGGAGCCAACGCACAGCCUGUGCGAUUUUCCGCUUCUAUCCCUAACAUAUGGUAGCCUCGAUACAUUACUGAAUCAGACGCUGCCCUGCAGUGGGGUAGCGCCCCAAGAGGUCGAAGACAUCUAUCCCUGCUCGCCAAUGCAGCGGGGGCUCCUCCUGAGUCAAGCCAAAGAUACAGGGCUCUACCAGACACGCUUGUUAUGGAAGGCUACCCCAAAUAUCAGGGCGGGCUCAGUUGACAUAGACCGACUCCGACAGGCCUGGCAGCAAGUCAUUGCUCGCCAUGCAAUCCUCCGCACAAUUUUUGUGGAUAGCGAGUCCGAGGGAGCUGGUUUCAACCAGGUCGUACGGCGCUCGAGUACCGCCACUACUAAGGUGAUUGAGGCCUUCGAAGCCGAGGACCAUAGUCCGACCGUGAUUCUCCAGAGGUAUCCGAGGGCCGCAAACCGGGUUGGCCAACCUCCCCAUCGCCUGCUUCUAUGCGCCACAUCAACAGAGACGUACUGCGCCCUUGACAUUAACCAUGCUUUAAUCGACGCCCAAUCGUCUCGCAUCCUACAGCGUGAUCUGCGGCUAGCGUACGAUGGCCAGCUGCCCGCAGAGCCUGCGCCGCUAUACUCCGACUACAUGGCCUACCUUAGCGGCUUCUCGGAGACUAAUGCCGAACUGUACUGGAGAUCGUACAUGGACUGCGUGCAGCCGUGCCUCCUCCCGAUAUGGGAAACGGAUAGUACGCGAACCCAACUAGAUAAGAAGCUUCGGUCGGCCUCCAUCAGCCUCGGAGCUGGAGCGCAUUUACACGAAUUCUGUCAACGUCACGAGGUGACCCUGUCUAACCUGUUCCAGAUCGCAUGGGGCCUAACGCUUCAGACCUACACUGGGUUGGAUACAGCAUGUUUUGGAUAUCUGAACUCUGGGCGCGACGUACCAAUAGCCGGAGUCCAAGACACUGUAGGGCCAUUUAUCAACAUGCUGGUGUGCCGUGUGGAGACAGACUCGGAUAUAUCUGUGUUGUCAAUGCUGCAGAGAAAUCAGGUGGAGUAUCUACAAGGUCUACCGCACCAGCACUGCUCACUGGCGGGGAUUCUGCAUCAAGCCAACGUGGGAGGAAGGCCUCUCUUCAAUACGGUACUGUCACUACAACGACCAAGGCACAGCGAGGAGGGCAGAGACGCGGAAAGACAAUGUAGUAUUACACUAGAGACCGCUGGAGGAGAAGAUCCUACAGAGUACGAUAUUACGGUGACGAUCGGGGUUGGCGAACAAGAUAUAAGUAUCUUCCUCAGCUAUUGGAGUACAAGCGUAGGGGACGAUCGGGCGUCUGGCAUUGCGAGCACACUUCGGCAGAUUGUGCAGGAGAUAGUGGGCCGACCUCACAGUAAAGUGACAGACCUAAAUAUGAUGAGUGGAGACGAACGGAGACAGAUAUACGCGUGGAAUAGAACCAUGCCAGCAAGGAUGAACCGGUGUGUGCACGAGCUGGUGGCGGAGCAGUGCCGCGCGCAGCUCGACGCGCAGGCCGUGUGCGCCUGGGACGGCGAUUUCACAUACGGCGAGGUAGACGCUCUGUCUUCGUCGCUGGCGGCUCACUUGGUCGAGCGUGGUGUGGAGCCUGAGGUGUUUGUGCCGCUGUGCUUCGAGAAGUCGCGGUGGACGACGGUGGCCAUGCUCGGAGUGAUGAAGGCGGGCGGAGCGUUUGUGCUGCUGGACCCGUCGCAUCCGCGAGCCCGGCUGCAAGCGAUCUGCCAGACAGUAUCGGCUCCGCUGGUGGUGUCAUCAGCGGCGAAUCGGGCGCUAGCAGCCGAGCUGGCAGCGGCAGUGAUCGUGGUGGGCGACAACGAGACACCGUGGCGACAGGCCCGCGAGGCGUGGACUGGCUCCUCCGUGGCGCCGGACAAUGCCCUCUACGCCGUCUUCACCUCGGGCUCCACGGGAGCCCCGAAAGGAACCGUCAUUCCCCAUGCGGCCUUUGCCACUAGCGCAUUCGCACAUGGCCAAGCUUUCCACCUGACUGCGGAGUCCCGUGUCUUCCAGUUUUCUUCAUAUGCCUUUGACGCCAGCAUUCUCGAAAAUUUGACUACAUUAUUGAUCGGUGGCUGUGUUUGCGUGCCCUCAGAUAUAACCAGGCGCAAUAACAUCGCAGCGGCUGCUAAUGAGCUUCAAGUUUCAUGGGCUCUACUUAUGACAUCCACUGCAAGACUAUUGCAGCCGAACGACGUCAAAAGCCUAGAAACAUUAGCGAUUGGUGGGGAGCCAGUCACCUCAAGGGACAUCGAGCGGUGGGAAGGGCAAGUGGAAUUGAUUAACGCAUAUGGCCCGACGGAGUGCUCCGCCAUCUCCAGUGUACAGCCGAAGCCCGAAGCUGGCAACAUCGGAUGGGCAGCAGGCUGUGUCUCCUGGGUAGUGGAUCGGAAGGAUCACGAGCGACUGGUGCCGAUCGGGGCGAACGGACGGCGGCGGCGUUUAUUGCGCCCCCCAGCCUGGCUGCGCCAGUUUCGGGGCGGCGGCAGCAGCGGCAGCCAUGAUAGUAGCGGGAGCGGUGACCGGCUGUACAAAACGGGUGACCUGGUCCAGUACGCAGCGGACGGGUCACUGCGGUUCGUGGGGCGCAAGGAUACUCAGGUCAAGCUCCGCGGCCAGCGCAUCGAGCUGGGCGAGGUCGAGCACCACACGCGACGGAGUUUCCCGGGCGCGCGCGACGUAGUGGCCGAGGUGGUGACGCCGGCGGAGGCUGGGCGCGCGCCGAUGCUGGUGGCGUUCGUCUGGAUGGACCAUCCGAUCCAGGAUGAUAGCACAGGCGACGACGAGAAAGACGACGGCAACGAGAAGAACAAGGCGGACGACAUUCUGACGGCGCCCACUGACGACUUCCGCGCGGCGAUUCCAGCAGCGGAGACGGCGCUCCACGAUCUCGUGCCGGCGUACAUGGUGCCAGCGGUGUUUCUUCCGCUGCGCGGGGUGCCGCUGUCGGCCACGGGCAAGACGGACCGGCGGCGGCUGCGCGACCGCGUCGCGACCCUCUCGCGCGCAGACAUUGGGGCGUACCAAGGCGUCGUGGUGGCCAAGAGUUGGCCUACGACGCCGGCCGAGCGCACCCUCAAACAACUCUGGUCCCGAGUCCUGAACCUCCCACCCGCAGAAAUCGGCCCGAACGAUCACUUCUUCCGCUUAGGCGGCGACUCCAUCGCGGCCAUGAAGCUGGCCAGUGUCGCCCGUGAAGACGGCAUCGCUCUCACCGUGGCCCAUGUGUUCCAGCAUCCACUUCUUUCCAAGCAAGCCUUGACCAUAUCUAGUUUUCCCCUUGACCUUGCUCUCUCCUUGGAACAGGCUCCUUUUUCUCUUCUUGGUGUGCCUAGCUCAGACGCCUUCCUCAACGAAGUCUAUAUUCCGCAACAUUCCUGGCAAAAUCAAAAUAUCGUCAACGCUUUUCCCACCACUGAAUUACAAGCUGAAUUUGUUACCUCCCAUCAGUGCUCUUACUUCCAUGUGAAUAUCCCGGGCCCAGUCGACCCAAACAGACUCCAAGCUGCCUGUCAAACUCUUGUUGAACAACAUCCUAUAUUGUGCACUGUCUUUUUCCCGAGUCCCAAAGGCAUUAUCCAGGCAAUCGUUCGUUGCGACCCUCCCACGAUGGUGCGCUAUACCUGCGACUCAGAUCUCCUCCAUUUCUCCACGACCCUUUGUCGUGAUGACUCGCGGACACCGCUGCCCUUUGGUGACAUGCCAUUUCAAGCCUCUCUCGUUUCCGAUGGAUUGUAUAAGCAUAUCCUGAUCCUUCGGCUCUCUCAUGCCCAGUACGACGGCCUGUGCCUUCCAGUUCUAUACCACGAUUUGGCGGCUGCCUACCACGGAGACACGAUAGCUCAAGCGCCUGCUUUCUCUGUCUGCAUGCAAUAUCGGCUAUCUAGUAAGUCAGCAGAUGUAUCUCGGUUCUGGAGGGACUUUCUCCAUGGUGCAAACAUGACACGCCUGGACUAUAGCUCGCUCGGUGGACGAUGCACGGUCGAUACCCCCGAGAUUACCACUAAAGUCGACAAAAAGAUUGUUCUUCCCAAUCUGCCGCCCGGUAUAACCAUGGCUUCCUUUGUUAAGGCUGCGUGGUCGUUCGUCCUGGCACAGCUGACGCGCCAAACUGAUAUUGUUUUUGGUCAGACGGUCAAUGGUCGCAAUGGUCCAAUUCCAAAUGUCGACAGAAUUCUGGGUCCAUGCGUUAAUAUUGUGCCAAUGCGAAUCACCUUCCAGCCAGGGUGGACUGUGAUAGACCUAUUGGAGUAUACACAACACCAACACAUGCAAGUUUUGCCGUUUGAGACGUCAGACCUGCGGGAUAUCGUCAAGCAGAGCACCACUUGGCCAGACCUUACUCAUUUCGAGAUCAUUGUUCAACACGACAACUUUGUAACAGACCCUCCGUUCUCGCUGGGUGGCGUGGAGUGCAACAUAUCGGCUAUGGCAUUCUCAGUUCCAAAACAAUUUUGGGUUCACUCCCAGCAAGUGGGCGAUAGCCUACAACUGUCAGUCUUUGGGCCGAGCAAAUUGGUCGACUCCGUAUUUGCUGCCAAAAUACUUGAUGAUAUUUGCCAGACCAUUCUCUCAUUCACACAGGCCCCCGAUCAAUCACUUUCAUUGCGUGAUUAG